CUUGCACAUAAUACAGGAGAGAGGCAGACUGUACCACUGCGGUUCAGAUAGGAAGGAUGCAGCACAGAGGACUGCUGCAAAGAGAGAGAGCGAGUGAGAGGGAGAGAGAGAGAGAGAGAGAGAGAGAGAGAGAGAGAGAGAGAGAGAGAGAGGCUAGAUCCAUCCUUUGCUUUUCUAAUCCCUCAGCUCUUGUUUGCGUGCUGCCUGUGUAGUCAAAGUGAUGCUCCCUGUACGUACAUUAUUCCGAUUUUAGGGUGAUUACUGAACUAUGAGAUAGAUUUAUUGUGACAUCGUGACACCACUGAACACUCGUAAACUUCUGUUUGACUCCUUUCUGCGGUCAUCGAUGAUCAUGAGAGAGCAUGGGAGGGGACAGGAUGGGCAAUAGUGACAGGCCACGGCAGCACCGUGCGGAUGAGACUCCUCGUCACUUGUAGUACCGGGGUGCAAGCAAGUAUGUUAAUUAAAACUGACAAUCAGUAAUAGGACAUAGCACAACUGUGAGGUUUGGAUGUUGGCGACACAUUUUCCAGUUCUCUGAAGUCAUCUCUGCACCACUGCAGCAACUGAAAUCAGAUCUUAAGACGUUCAGGCAUGCACUAUUACACACUCAUUACAAGAAAGCAACAGGUGCAGUAACUGUGACUAACCGAUCAGAUAUUUUCAAGCAAUGCUAUCACUGAGGGUUCACAGUUUAUACCCUUAGAAGUUCAAACAGGCAGCUGAUUAUUUCCACUAAUCACAAAAGCAGACAACUAUUCACUUGUUGCAAUUAGUUUGUCCACAUAGAGAGAACGUAGAACCAGACAGGAUGGCCGAGCGCUACCAAAACAACAUAUACCACCAAAGUGACGGCGACAGCUACGGGACUUACGCAGAAGGUGAUGGAGGUGGUCACGAUGGAUACGGUUACCAGGCCGAAUACCCUCCCCAUGAAGAGGACGCUGCCAGUGACGUAACCGAAGGUCAUGACGAAGAAGAGCAAAUGUAUGAAGGAGAAUACCAAGGUAUACCACAUCCUGAUGAGUUGAAGGCCGCACAGAGAGCUGCAAGGGCGAAAUCUCGAGCUGGCGCUGCACUCUCGGAACUUCAGGAGUUAUCCGAACAGUAUGAGGAUAUCAUGGAAGAUUGUGGCCAUGGGAAGUUCCAAUGGACGCUCUUCAUGGUGCUGGGCCUCGCUCUCAUGGCUGAUGGGGUCGAAUGUUUUGUGGUUGCCUUUGUUUUGCCAUCUGCCGAAAAGGACCUGUGCCUGUCCAAUGCAGAGAAAGGGAUGCUGGGUCUGAUUGUCUUCCUGAGUAUGAUGGUGGGAGCAUUCAUAUGGGGUGGUCUCGCAGACAAAGUUGGCCGCCGAUGCUGUUUGGUUGUCGCCUUAGCUAUAGACUGUGUCUUCGUCUUCUUGUCCUCCUUCGCCCAGAGCUAUGGCUUCUUCCUCUUCUUCAGGCUGCUCUCAGGCAUCGGUAUCGGUGGCACAGUGCCGAUUGUCUACUCGUACUUCUCUGAGUUCCUCCAGAUGGACAAGCGAGGAGAGCAUCUUUCCUGGUUAUGUAUGUUUUGGAUGAUUGGUGGGAUUUAUGCCUCUUUCACUGCCUGGGGAAUCAUUCCCAGAUAUGGUUGGGGGUUCAGUAUGGGCACAGAGUUCCAGUUCCACAGUUGGAGGUUAUUUGUUUUGGUUGCAGCUCUUCCUGCCAUCGCCUCUCUGGUCGGGCUAACAUUCAUGCCUGAGAGUCCCCGCUUCUUGCUUGAGAAUGCCAAGCACGAUGAAGCAUGGAUGAUUCUGAAGCGGGUCCACGACACCAACUGGAGAGCCAAAGGACAGCCGGAAAAAGUCUUCACUGUGACACACAUCAAGGCUCCAAAGACCGCAGAGGAUGAGUUAAUCGAGAUUCAAAGUGCUACAGGAACAGCUGUACAACGCUGGGCUGUCCGUUCACUUACACUCUGUAAACUGGUACUAAAGAAUGUAGCAUCUCUCUUUUCUGCCGAGCUGAAAUUUGCUACUCUCUUCAUGGCCAUCAUCUGGUUCUGCAUGGCUUUCAGCUAUUAUGGCCUAUCUGUGUGGUUUCCAGACAUGAUCAAGCACCUUCAAUAUGAGGAGUAUGAGUCGAGAGUCAAGGUAUUCCAUAAAGAGAAAGUGGAGAACUUUCAUUUCAACUUUUCUUUAGAGAACCAGGUCCAUAAAGAAGGGGAAUAUAUCCAUGACAAGUUCAUCAAAAUAGAACUGAAGUCUGUGAAGUUUGAGGACUCGUUGUUUGAAGACUGUCUCUUUGAGGACAUCAAGUCCACUGACACGGUGUUUGAGAACUGCACCAUACGCAACACUGUCUUCACAAAUACAGAUCUGAAGGAGAAGUUCAUUGACUGUAAAAUGGAAAACAACACCUUUGAGCACGACAAACAUGGCUGCCACCUGGACACCGGUGAAGAGAAUGAUAUCCUCAUAUAUCUGGUCAGCUUCCUUGGCAGUCUGGCCGUGUUGCCUGGCAACAUAAUUUCCGCCCUCUUCAUGGAGAAGAUUGGCAGAGUCAAGAUUAUAGGUGGCUCGAUGCUGAUCUCAGCAGGCUGUACCUUCUUCCUGUUUCUGAGCUUCAGUCAGUCUGCAAUUAUCGCUCUCCAGUGUCUCUUCUGUGGCGUCAGUGUGGCUGCAUGGAAUGGCAUCGAGGUGGUGACAGUGGAGCUUUACCCUGCUUCUAAAAGGGCAACAGCCUUUGGCGUCCUGAAUGCUCUCUGUAAGCUGGCAGCGGUUCUUGGCAGCUCUAUCUUCGCCAGUUUUGUGGGCAUCACCAAAGCCAUCCCCAUCCUGCUGUCAUUUGUUGCGCUGGUCUGCGGCGGCGUGGUGGCCCUCAAACUGCCUGACACGCGAGAGAAAAUUCUCCAGUGAGGUCACUUGAGGUCCGGUCGUGCGAGCGUUUAAGACAUGAUGUUGAUGUUGAAGUCUUGGCAGCACCAAUUGACUUUUACUGCACUUUUUUCCCCCAUUGCAAGGAUGGAAGCAACUAACACUUUUCCAAUACAAAAUGCCAUGUUCUAAUGUUAAUUUUUUUAUGUUGACAAUGUGUGUUUUGAGAGGCUGAUCAGGCAGCGUGUGAUGAGAUACAUUUAGUUUACACUCAUUAAAAUUGCAGGCAGGCACAUUCAAUAAGAAGACACCGGUCACAUGAUGUGCUCUGUGUUGAAUAUGUCAUGUCAAUUGACCUUACAAAGUGACUACAAAAGUUUGGAAUUGUCUCCAGAAACAAAACAAGAGUCAAUUGUGAUUGUUUUGGAAAAAUGACACUGCAGUUAUGAUGAGCUAACAUCCAGCUUGUCUAAAGGCCAUUUGUGUCCUUGUUAAAUGUUUACCUGUGUCAGUUCUAUAGACUGGUACAUUUAAGGGAGAAUAAACUGUGAAAAUUAAAUCAAUAGGCCACAUUUUUAAGUCUACUUAAAUUAACGGCUAAAUCGCACCUACGCCUUUGGCCAAAGAUUUGCCAAACAACUCGUUUUUAUAACUAUCGUCGAUUAUGUAUUAUUAUUAUUCAGAGCUCCUUUACAUUGUUGAUGUUUAUUUUCUUGCUGACACUAUUAGAGAGGUGUUAAUUUGUUAAAUAUUCAUCCAAGUAUUUCCUAUUAUCCCAUUGAUGGAUUGAAGAAGUCAAGUCAGCUUUUAUUGUCAAAUAUGCUUUAUGUGUAACAUACAGCACAGAUAAAAUGACUUUCCUCUCUCAACCACAGUGCAAACAUAUAGUGCAUUGAAGACACAGAUAAAAUUUACGUAAAAAUGUCAUAAGACAUAAAUAAAUAAAAUAAAUAAACAAAUAGCAACAACAGACAACCAGGGCACUUGUGAUUAUUGCAUAUUCGUAGUGACUUGUUUGAAGUGCAAUAAUCGGAUGUCAGAUGCUGGGGGAGGGACACCGAUUGUGGCAGGAGGCGGGGGGGGGCAGGAGGCAGGGGUAGACGGGGGAGGUGGGGUGCGGGCAGAACAUGGAGGGAGUUUAGCCUCCUGACCGCCUGGUGGAAUAAACUGUUCUUGAGCUUGGUGGAUUUAGCAGAGAGACAUCGCAGCCUCCUCCCCGACGGCAGCACGUCGAAGAGGCUGUGAGACGGU